UUCACCAAGCUCUCCAUUUUUUUUCUCACACCAAGUCAUCACAUUCCCUUAACACCAUAUUUUUCACCAAUAACUAAGAACAGAAUAAAGCUACAACACGAAUAAAAGCAAAAGCUUUUUCCUGUUACAUAUUUAUCUCCAUUAACAUUCAAAGCGGUUUCAAGAAAAUAACAGGGGAAACAGAGCAAAACCAGAGAUGGGUUGUCAAAGCUCCAAACCAUUUGAAGGAACCACCAUGCAUGGCCAUGAGGGCUUUGAAGAAUUAUCAAAACCGAACAAUAUCAAACAAGAAACUCUGAUUCAAAUUCCAGGAUGCAGAGUUCAUCUGAUGGAUGAUGGAGAAGCUCUUGAAAUUGCUCAAGGCCACUUCACGAUCAUCAAAAUCAUGGACCAGAAUGUGCCACUAGCAACUAUCAUCAAAGUUGGAAAGGGUGUUCAAUGGCCCUUGACAAAAGAUGAGCCAGUGGUGAAGGUGGAUGCUCUUCACUACCUCUUCUCUUUGCCUGUGAAAGAUGGUGAGCCUCUUAGCUAUGGUGUGAGCUUUCCAAAAGAGAGUUUUGGAAGCAUGGAGUUGCUUGAUACGUUUCUGAAGGAACACUCUUGCUUUUCUGGUCUGAGAAGUAAGAAGAGUGAUCUUGAUUGGGAGGAGUUUGCUCCAAAGGUUGAAGAUUAUAAUCAUUUUCUGGCCAAGGCUAUUGCUGGAGGGACUGGUCAGAUUGUUAAGGGUAUCUUCAUGUGUAGCAAUGCUUACACGAACCAGGUCCAAAAAGGAGGGGAAACGAUCCUAAAUAGUGGUGCAGAUAAGAAAAAUGGUGGCAUGGUCAGAGAAAAUAUGAACAAGAAGACUACUGGUGCCACAACGAAUGGGAUGAAUGAAAACCUCAUACGUGUGAGAAAGCUAUCAAAUAUGACUGAAAACUUAAGCAAAUCUUUGCUUAAUGGUGUUGGAAUAAUGAGUGGAUCAGUGAUGGCUCCUGCGCUUAGAUCCCAACCAGGACAAGCAUUCCUAAAGAUGCUCCCUGGAGAGGUUCUGUUGGCUUCCCUUGAUGCAGUUAACAAAGUUUUUGAAGCAGCUGAAGCUGCUGAAAAACAAACCUUUUCUGCCACCUCCCAAGCUGCAACCAGAAUGGUUUCUAACAGGUUUGGAGAAGAAGCAGGGGAGGCUGCUGAGCAUGUGUUUGCAACUGCAGGACAUGCUGUUAACACUGCUUGGAAUGUGUCUAAGAUAAGGAAAGCCAUCAAUCCAGCCUCUUCAGCAAAUGCUGCAGGUGCAUUCAGAAAUUCUGCAAAGAAUAUAAAUGUUAAAUAAAUCCAACCAUCUUGCUUUGUAUUGACAAAUGUUAAAGGCAUAAGUUUUUGCCUAUAUAUAUUGCUUUAUCAUUUUGGUUGU